AUGAAACUGAUCGUAUUUCAAAAUGUUAAGAAGGGUCAGAAGGCAUGUGCAAUCUGUCAUGCAGAUUUUAAAAAGGAUGACGAUAUUGAGCUUACUAAAUGUGGGCAUUACUUCCAUUGGGACUGCCUAUUAAAAGGAUCGAAACAGAAGUCAUCUGAGUCAACGGAGUCAACUCCUUCCGGUACACCUCAAUUGAGUCCGCACGAUUGAGUCCCCACGAUUGAGUCCGCACGAUUGAGUCCCCACGAUUGAGUCCCGGCACAAUUGAGUCCCCACGAUUGAGUCCGCACGAUUGAGUCCCCCUUGUAUAUACCUCAAUUGAGUCCCCGUGGAUUUAAUUAUAUUAAAAAGGAUUAAGAGGGAUAUCUGGGGAUUUGGGGGGAUUAAAGUGAACAUCAGGGGACCUGUAUGUGACAUCGAGGGAUCAAGUUGGAUAUCGGUGAAUAUUAAGAGAUAUAAGUAGAU